AUGUUCACCAAAUUUAUUCAUUUCCUGACGUUUAUGGUCUGUGUGCCAGCUGCUAUUGCUACAUAUGUCGAAGUUGCAGGAACUAUGUCCAGCUUCGUUACGGAAAUUGGAUUUUCAAAUCUCAACGGUGAUGUAUGCUUUCGGGCAGACACUGGAUACAACAAUUGCUUGAACUUCAGUGGGGAAGACGCAGAAGGACGAAGUUUUUGUUCUUCCGAUGGAAUCUGGUGUUUUACAUUGGACUCUUUUGACAGAAUCGCAGGAAGUACUACUUAUUCAAUCAUGUUUGCGAAUCGAGAAUCUACCUUACAAUCAUCUGUUGAUAACAAACCUAAUUGUGAUUUUGAAGUUAACAUUUGUAAAUGGACUAUUCCAAAUCACGGAUUUGACAUGUAA